UCCUCGCAGUGAGCAGCAGUGAAAUGAAAAAAUGGCAGCUGCUCUUUAAAAAGUGCACACACUAACACGUGCAUCCAAAUUAAAGGGUCGCAGAAUGAGCUUGUGACCCGCAGAGCGAAGUCGAGAGCACCCUUAAAUCAUGGUUCAGGCCGGAGACGACGCCGUGGCCGUGAGCCAGCAGGACUUGCCUCAAGCCCUCCAGUUGCUCGCCGAAAUGGGCGAGAGUGCCGACAAAGUGUCCAAGCUGGUGGAUAGCAUGUUGCUCAGAGUCAAAAGAGGGGAAAUUUCUACGGCCAAGGGAUUGAGCUUCCUCGAGGUCAAGUACCACACGCUGCUGAGCUAUUUGAUAAAUUUAUCUUAUGUGGUGUUGAGGAAGAGCUCUGGAGUGUCAAUUUUCAACGAUCCAAGCAUUGAUCGAUUGGUGGAACUGAGAACUGUGUUAGAAAGAUUGAGACCGAUCGACCGACGGCUCAAGUACCAAAUAGACAAACUGGUCAAAACAGCAGUCACUGGCGAAUGCUCAGAUGCUAGUUCAUUCAGGGCAAACCCCGACAACAUGGUUAGCAAGUUGGAAGGUGAUUCCGACAGUAGUGAGGACGAAGAGGGUGAACGGGAAAGGAAAUCAGUGUAUGUGCCUCCGAAAUUGGCACCCAUGCACUACGAAGGGGAUGAGACUGCAGCCAGUCGUCAGGAGAAGUUGCUUGAAAGGGCCAAGCGUCGCGCCCUGAGUAGCUCGAUGGUGCGGGAGUUGCGGGAGGAGUAUUUGGACGCGCCUACAGAGCUGGGGUCCCGCGUCGACUCAGGGGCAGGACCUUCCGGUCCGUCCAAGGAGGACUUGGAGCGGCAGGAGUACGAGGAGACGUACUUCACUCGUCUGCCGGUGGCCAAGGAGAAGCGCAAGAAGAGGAAGUUGCCUACCAUGGGCAGCUUGGCCGACGAACUCAUUAACUUCGGGUCCGACUUCAGGGGUCUCGAAGGAGAGGUAACUCCAAAGAGGGCAAAGAAGAGAGGCUCAAAAACGCCCAGCAAGAAGAAGGGCUCGAAAGGAUUCAAGAAGCGAAAAUCUCGUUAAUGAAAUAUGUGCAUUUUGAUACCCAACACCUUUAAAAAGGUAUUCAACGACAAUUUAAAUUCAUAUUUUGAACUAGUGAAAGGACUGAAAUUUGAUGGAAGAAAGAGAAAUUCUCACUAAUCAGACGUAAAAAGGUUUUGGAUUGUAUGACAAAGAGAAUGGCUCGAUUAAGUUUGUAUUCAUGUCACCUCUGCUUAAAAAUUCUUGUUGUCUUUGAUGUGGAUGUUGUAUGUAGAUUCGGUGUUAAUUUUAAGCCAAACACGCAGAUCCCGACCAACUAACCACUCGUCCCAAUAGCCAGUUGUUGAUCAAAAGCCGUGUUAAAAAAAUUGAAGGGAGCUUCACGAGCUGUGAUAGAGAGUUUGCAGAAGUAAAAAAUGAAUAAUUUCCUAUCCACACCCAUCCAUAUCCAUACAAUUUGUGCCGAGAAAAGUGAAAUAUUUUAUAGAUGUACAACAACGAGGAGGCCUUCUUUGAAAUUCUCAAAGACUAUAUAUAUUGAUCAUUAAAUCUCACUCAGCUUAAGUAUUCCGUGCCUGUUCCGACCAAUAGAUUUACGCCCAUGUUAUGGAGACGACUUAACAAAGCGCCCAUUAGAGAUUUUCACGAACUAAUAUUUUCAAAUUAUUAUCUCUUCCUGCCACAAUCAUAAUUAUAUAUGAUUAAAGUGCGAAGCACAGAAUGCACAGAUCUAUAAUUAAUAAUACGACCAAUGUUAAUUAAUUACUGUUUUGUUAGCGCAGAGGUGAUGCUGUAUGCUUGUUCUUGUCUUAUUAUAGAACAAUUUUAAAUUUGAUUUUGUUGGGAUACACAAGUGGUUUGUUACAAGGAGACUAAUCUUGUGACUACAAUUACAAUAAUUCUGUUUAAAGGAUGAAAUUUGUAAGAAUAAUUGUCUUUUGUAAUAAUUAGAAAAAUGCAUCUUAGGAGCACACAUUUAAUCAAUAAGGACUUACAUGUAUUAUUGAGCACACACUAAUUUCUACAUAAUUUUAUUAUGUUUUUACUUCCUUCUACUCUUUCUUUUUGUUUAAUAUAAAUCGUAAUGAUGCAAUGAAUUUAAUCAAUAAAUAAUUGCCUUUGCUAAAAA